ACGGCUUGCACCGCCAUACUGUAUUUUGAGCCAUAUCACGUUUUUAUUGCAACAUUUUACUCCCGCUCGGUGAGUACAUUUUCAAUGGCUUUUUUGUAAGCAUUUUUUUGGUCUUUUUAAUUGCCCCCCCUCUAUUUUUAAUUUUUUUCUUCCUUUUGCUGGUGUUUGAAUUUGAGCGUUGACGUGGUGGUUUGGAGCGUUUUUCACAUGCAGGCUUCAAGUUUUUAGCAUGCCGUUAUUCCAACAGGGUCCUCGGUGCAGUGUCGGGCUCCAGAGAGCCUUUACUGCCUUGCCGUUUUGUUUCGAGGGUUCGAAACCGAAACAGCUUUUGUCGGUAUUGAGAUUUUUCAAACAAUCUAUUUGGUGGUUUUGAAACCUUUUUUCCCCAUUUUUUUUUUCCGUCUCGACUUUUGCUGUUGCUGUGCUUUGGUUUGCAUUUUGCGGUGUUGUUUGUUGCCUUCGAGUUUUGUGAUUUUGAUGUGUCGGUGAAUCUCACCCACCAAACCCUUUGCUUUUACUUUUCUUUAUAACAGAAAAAAAAACACCGAGUCAUUUUUAAAGCCCGAUGACGUUUUAACGUGAUACUUUUCUUGCAGCUGCAGCUCUCAGGUUUGUUUGUUUUUGUGUUUCUCUCUCUUUUUCUUUUUUUUUCACCCCGAUUUCAUUAUACUUUUGCUGGUGGCAGUGUCGAGUAUUUUUGGAUGUUAUCGCUUUUUGACUAGAUGAUGCUGGGUGAUGGGCAGUUUUGAUUCUUGGGGCAGUUCAAUGCGUUUUUGUUUUCUGUACCAACGAGGAUGAACAGACAUUUCCCCCUCUGCAGGAGGGCAACUGGAGGAGAAUGACUGGUAAACUCCAGACCAGCAACGUGACCAACAAGAAUGACCCGCGCUCGCUGAACUCCAGAGUCUUUAUCGGCAACCUCAACACAACCAUCGUCAAGAAGACCGACGUUGAGGUCCUCUUCGGCAAGUACGGCAAGAUAGUGGGUUGCUCCAUGCACAAAGGUUACGCCUUCGUACAGUAUUUGAACGAGAGGAACGCCCGAGGAGCUGUGUCCGGAGAAAAUGCCCGCGUCAUCGCUGGACAGCCUCUUGACAUAAACAUGGCCGGCGAGCCGAAGCCGUACCGGCCCAAAGCCGGCUCCAAGCGGCCGCUCUCCGCCGUCUACAGCGGUUAUGAAUUGGAUUACGAGUACUACAGGGAUGAUUUCUACAGCAGGCUUUUUGACUACCAUGGCAGAGUGGCCCCCCCACCGAGGGCCGUGAUCCCCGUCAAGCGCUCCCGGGUGCUCGCUCCCUCCACCCGCCGCGGGAAGACCUCCUUCCCCAUCAAGACAACCUCCUCUUCCUCCUCUUCAUCCUCCAGACCUCCUACAUCAUCCUCCUCCGGCCUCAAACCGGUGAAGACGGGCCAGCUGCAGACCAUCAAACGGGAGCUCACCCAGAUCAAGCUGAAGAUCGACUCUUUGCUGGGACGCCUGGAGAAGAUCGAGAAGCAGCAGAGGGCCGAGACCGAAGCUCAGAGGAAGUACGAGGAGAACUGCGACUCCCUGCACGAGGAGUCCGUGUCGGAGACGGCGGAAAACUCUGGGGAGGAGGCGGGCGACGGGGCGCUGGACGUGGAGGCGGGAGAGAUGACCGACGGGGGCGAGGACGACUACGACGACGAGGGAAACCACCGUCUGAUAGAGAACCACGUAUCGGAUAUCGACAACUGAGACCAGGAGGAGGCAAGCGGACCCCCGCCCACCCCCCCCAUCAGUGGUUUUAGAAUUCAUCAUCACCUUCAAGAGACUGAAAAGGAUCCAGAUCUCAUCCUGGACUGUAAGUCGUGUCCAAGAAGCCGAAUCACUCUUUUCUUUUCUUUUUUAAGCCCAAACUGUGCAGCCAAAUGUAUUCACGACCCAUUUAUAAUGCGUCGGCCUCGUGGAUAUCCAGCGCGACUUAUAGAUUUUAUUUCCACGAAGGCCGACGGUAUCGCGCACUAUAAAUCCUGUUGGCGGAGAGAGAGAAAGAGAGAGAGAUAAUAAAACAGAAGGAGAACGAAAUAAAGGCUUUUAUUCUGAUUCAUCAAUGACGUGGGACGGAGGGAACGUGAAAUCUACCGCGCCGCGGUGAUGAAAUGUGUUUCACUAAACCGUGUUCUUUUUAUUUCAUCUUUUUUUUCUUUCGAUUUCACAUUUCAAAAAUCAAACGAAUAAAAAAGGAGUCGGAAAAAGAAGAAGAAAAAAAGAUUCAUGCAUGAGCCAAUAUCGGCCAGCAUGACUUUACCCAUCUUUACCCAUUUGUCACACAACUGCCCCGCGGGGCCGCUCCGUCCUGCCAAUUUCGGGAAGCAGAAAGGACUUCCUGUGGUCGAGAGCCAGCAGCCCCCCCCCCCCCCCCCCCGGUCUCUCAGCCUUCGCAUCCCAGCAUGCACCGCUGCUGUUUCGGGAGCCAGCGCCCGUUUCUCCGUCCGCCGCCGUCGCCCUGAGAGAGCGAGACGAGGCGAUUCAGAUCGCUUAAGCAAUCUGACGCGACACGGCAGCCUCAAAAACACCUGAAUAAGUGGUGACGUUAAAAAAAUAAGAAACUCUUUUAAAAGAAUUCCCAUGAAUAUCAAUAUUAAAGUAAAAUACAGGCUGUGGAAAGUUGUAAUUAUUAAUUAACAGCUCCAAAGGGAAUGAUAUGUAAUGAAUAAAUACCUUUUCUUCAAAUAAUGAUGUAUUUUUUUCUUCUGUAUAGCAAUUCUCAGAAGCAGGCAGGGGGUUGAUGAUGCGCUGUGAUCAGCUAGCACACUUAUAUCUAUAUAGACACAUAUAUAUUUAUAUAUAUAUUUAUAUUUUUAUAUAUAUAUAUAUAUAGAUAAACAACCUCAUCUACAAACCUCUGCCGUCAUUGACUCUAAAAUAACUCGCCCCGAGCGUGUUUUUAAAGCAUAAAUAUCGGACGGUUAUCGGAAAUUAGUUUUUUUUCACCCAAAAUGCUAAAUAAAUAUAGAUAUAAAGGCUGUUGGUGUUUCAUGAACUAUUUUAUUUGUACAUGUUUUGAGAUUUUGGGCCAUUGAGACCUGAAACCUGGUGUAAUUAAGGUCAAACACAUUGAAUUGAAGUUGCUUGAAAUAAAAAUAUAAUUUGAAGAAUUAGACUUUGUUUUUGGACACAAUCCAGUGGAAUUAGACAUUUAUGUAAACAAGCAAAAAGGAAUGAGGAUUUUUUUAUUAUUUUUUUUACAUGGCCUUUUUUUCAUUCAGGCAGAGCAAGUGUUUUUGAAAGUUUCGUAGUCUAAUAACGAAUUUUAAAGACCGAGAAGGUCUGCAACAGGCGGGUUGGAGUGGGGGGGUUCACGGUUGUUAUUGAUUUACAUUGUUAUGUUAUUGUAAACGUGUCAUUGUGCGUUCAUGGAUAUGAAACGUGGUUUUAGUUCAGAAAUGUCGACGUUCAUCAUGUUUUCUGAAACAAUGCCAACAUGUUUGUUUCAUAACAUGCUCUGUUGACCUUUUAUCUGACCUUGAAUAGAAAAAUGGUUCCCAUCCAACCAUUGGAUUCAUAACCUGAAUAAUGGUGUCUUGUUUAUAUGUAACUCUAUUCACACUUAUUAGCACAACACCUGGGCGAAUAAACUCCAACCACCUGGGGUGAGUGAGGACUUAUAGUGUUGUGAUUUGGUUGAACUGGCCCUUUAAAUCAAGGUGAGGGAGAAUUCCACCAACACAACAUUCACAUCCGGUUCUGCCUGGAGAAAAAUAAAAAAUACGAUAAAAUAAAAAGUAUUUCCAGCAGCUCAAAAUACGUGUCUGGUGAAUGAUGAUGAUGCACUAUUUUUGAAUACAAAAAAAAUGUUUACGGGAAAUGGCUGUGCUCCAUGUUUAUCCUUUUUUUGUUGUUGCUGGUAGCCUGUUAUUUAAUAAGCAGUUUGGUGAUGUGUCAAAUAUUUCGCAUUAAAAAAAUAAAAAAAUCA